GAAGUAUAUAUUAGCGUUGUCAAAUGCCUUUUCCUGCAUGUAAUAUAUCCUACCCAAGAUGAAAUAAAAGAGUCCCUCAAGGACUAUUUGAACAAAAAGUUCCCUGAAUUCAUGGUGAACUUAAGUGCAAACGAUUUUGCAAACCGGUUCUAUGGUAUGUGGUGUACUCAGCUUUUACAAAAAAUGAAGAACCUGCGUGGUUCAGCAUUGCAGAACGUACGUUUGGCAAUUUGGAGUGUAUUUGGUUGCGAAAGGCUUCCUCACCUUAGAAGCAAUGCUAGUGCUGAGGAUAUAGUAAGAACUGCAUUCACCAUGGCUGCUGCCCCUACUCUCACAAACCAUCAUUGUGCCUUCACACUAGCUGUGUGUAACAUUAUAUUAAAUCCCCAAUCGAAAAAUAUCGUCUGUAGCAAAAGUCGAAUUAAGCAUCGCAUGGUGCACUAUUUGAAUGACUUUGAUAACAGCGGUCCUAAUCAAGAAUUGGCCAAUUCAAUCAUUAAUAAUAAGCUUGCUUCAAGCUUACACGAAGCUGAACAAUCAAUGUAG